AUGUCUACGGUAUCCACGAUGCGCAGUUAUAAACUGGGUCAAGUGAUAUUGGACAUCUUCAUAGCUGCGUAUAAUCCAACAAUGGAUAUUUGGAAUCAGCAUGUGCGUCCAUCUCCGUAUAUGCUACAAAUCGCGUUUAAUUUACAAACGUUUACACCCAAUAGCUACAGUGGUGACCCCGGAAACUAUUUUCUAAAAAAUUUUCCCAAAAUCGCUAUUCCUGAGUCGGAUGCCGACAAAUUCAGCGAUGCUUCGGAUGCGUUGCAAAUCAACGAGGAAAUCGCCGAAAUUCGUAAAGUCAAAUUUCCCGAAUUUUGGAAAUCUCGACCGGCGCUCUGGUUCGCCCAAAUCGAGGCCCAAUUCCUCGUUCACAACAUUCGAUCCGAUCAGACCAAAUUCAAUAAACUCGUUUGUGAACUAGACUAUUCCAUUCUCGAACAAGUCGCCGAUAUCAUCGAGUCCCCACCCGAAAAAGAUCGCUACAACACAAUUAAAACACGUCUCAUCAAACAGUUUACUGAAUCCGAAGGCAAACGACUCCGAAAAUUGCUAAAUGAUGUCGAACUGGGUGAUCAAAGAUCAUCCGGUUUGCUGCGCAAAAUGAAACUGCUCGCAGGAGAUAAAGUUGGAUCCGAACUGUUACAAUCGAUAUGGAUGCAACGGCUUCCCGAAAAUAUCCGCGCUAUUCUUGCCUCGAUGGACAGCACCGAUAACGACAAACUCGCUGAGAUCGCUGACAAGAUUUUAGAUGCUCGUGAACCCCAAAUCGAAUUCGUACACCGAAACUUAAGUUCUGCCACACACGUAUUUCUACGAGACGAUCGAGUUCGUACAUCAUUAUCGCCACCUUACUCAGGUCCGCAUCCUGUUAUCGAACGAAUCACCAAUCGUCUAUUUCGAAUUGAAGUUAAUGGAAAGAACUUCAACGUCUCAACAGAACGACUAAAGCCAGCCUUUUUCCUGAAUGACGAAAAUAAAACUCACCAGGAUCUUAAACGAACAUAUUUGUAUUCCAGACCGCCACCGAAACACACUUAUCCUCCAGCGAAAAGUCAUCGUGACGGCAAAGUCACUCGGGGGAGAGUGAUAUAG